AGGCUACUUCCUUCUCCAUUUUUGAGAAGAAUGUCAAGAAUGCUUUGGAUGGCUUUGGUUUCUCUGUAAUCCUAGUAUUUUAUAAGCAUUUUAUAAUCUGAUCUUACAAGCUUUGACCUGUUUGUCUUAUUUUUUUUUGGUGUUUUAUCCUGUUUUUUUUCUUACUUCACUGAAUAUUUUUUGUCAUCUGUGUUAAAACACCUGCAGGACUUUUGUCAUCCUAGGUUGUUUUAAAAUGUAUGAUUUUAACGAACUUGAUUUAAUUUGAUACCAAAAUACAAAAUCUUGUUUGCAGAGUUGAUCCCUUUUCAGCCGAUAUCAAAACAUUAUGCAAGCCCUUGAAGAAUAGUCUCAGUCUUAAUUUUUAAAAUUAGAUUUCAAGUCAGACACUGAGAUUUAAGCUGUCUAAGCUCUAAACACUUCAUAGAGCAUAUUAUGGUCUGUCCUCUGGCUUCCUGCUUUUCUCUGAACCCGCCCAUGUUUCAGUUGUCAGCUCAGAACUGAAAGUGAAACUGCUAAUGUGAAAUACAACCAGCUUCGGUGUGAUAAGUAGUGAAACUGUAUAGUGUUUAUUAAAUAGUCAACUGAUAAUCUCUCUUUUGGCUAAUCUGCCUUUUUGUUCCUGUUACAGUGUGUUGUCUUCACAUGAUGGAAGAUUUUGAGAAGGUGGACUGUUUUCAGGAAACUCCAGUCAGUGGGAAGCAUUAUGAGUGGCAGCUGUUAGUUGAUCGUCAUUGGCUGCCAGUAGCCAACGAUCAUGUGAUCGAGACUCACUACUGCCAACCUGGAGCCAAAGGAAUCACCAUCAACACAAGCCACGGGCAGGUGUUCAUAGACUUUGAUAAGUUACAGACUCCUAAUGCAGCUCUGAAGGUGCAGAGACUGAGCUUCCUGUCUCAGGGCCAGACUGAGGACGUCGGCUGGUACUUCAGAGACGACCAGCUGUGGUGUGAAUAUGGAGCCCAGGGUCCCGGCAGGUUGUCCUCAUCAAUCAGCAGCAGAGAUAUUGAACUUCAGUUCAGUCUGAACCCUCAGGGAACCUUCAGAUUCACAGUGGGCUCUACAGGAUACUCACUUGACUUCUCCACCAUGACCCAAACGAACCACAUCACAGGCCUGUGCAGGAAUGUACGCAGACGUCCAAAACUUGCUUCCAACACUGAGAGCCUUUCCUCCACAUCAGUCCUGCCCACAGCUUCCUCCUCCCAGCUCACUGAUGGAGGCUACAAGUGGAAGUUCAUGGGAGAUGAGGGGGUGUGGACAGAAUAUCAAGCACAUAUCUGUUCAUUUGACAGCGCUGCUAUUGAGAGACAAUACCAGAUGAACCCUCAGGGUCAGCUGCACUUCAUGGUCAAGAGCUUCUCGUAUACACUGGAUUUUUCAAAAAUGUGUCAAGUCAACAACAUUUUUGGGACUUCGAGGACAGUGAGGAGGACUGUUAACCACGGGAUCCAACAGAGCAGCAGUUCAAGCGCGUCGCCACAAUGGCAGUUCCAAGAUAUCGGUGGAACAUGGAUGGAUUAUUCCAAAGGACUCGCUCAGUGCAGCAUUUCCAGUCAGGACAUCGAGAUCCAGUACCAACAGAACCCUUCAGGCACUACAACAUUUACCACCAAGUACUUCAGCUACGAGCUGAACUUCUCAGCCAUGACUCAGAAGAACCUGUCGACUACCACCACCAGACCAGUGAGACGACUUAACCAGUGACGGAAACAGAUUUGGAAGUCUGGGAUGAACUUGAUCAUAUGAGUUGCUGUAUGCCACUGCCUGCCUCAGGUUACCUCAGGUUAUGUUGGAAUGACCCAGCAGUGUGAGGAAAUAUUCUUUAUAUGAACAGGGCUUAUCUACAAUGCACCUUUUUCCUUAAUUAAAAAAAAAAAAAAAAAGACCUUUGACAAGAUACAGUAUCUCACUUUCUCUCUAAAAUGGUUGGAUUUAGUGCUGGGGUUUGGUUACUGGUCAGCUGCUACUAAAUCAAUUUACUUUCUUUUAAUAAUGUCAAUCAAUAAAAUAACUCAUUUUUUAACUUAAAACAAAAUAUAUGUUGACCAAUGUUGCAUAGAACCCUAUAUUUUUUGUGCUUUAGUAAAUCCUAAAAUCUGCCUUGCACUUUUUAAAUGUUUUUACUGUUUAUCGUUUAAUAAGAUACCACUUUUAUCCUGUAUUGACUUUAUGUUUCAGGUAUUGCUGCCUAUUAAAUUCUGCAUGUAAAUCUAAAA